AUGGGAAUCCCAAGGUCAGAGCUCAAGGAAAGAGCUAAGCCUUUCCAUGGUAUAACUCCAAACUCAUCGACCAUGACCUUUGGUCAGAUCGAGUUACCGGUCACGUUUGGUGCGCCAGACAACUUUCACAUAAAGAAGCUGAACUUCGAUGUUGUGGACUUUGAGACAGCAUAUAAUGUGAUCCUAGGCCAUCAAAUGCUGGGCAAGUUCACGGUUGUGGUGCAUUAUGUGUACCAGGUGCUCAAAAACCUAGGUCCCAAAGGGGAGAUAACUGUCAAGGGUGAUCAACGCACAAUGGUCAAGUACAACAAGCAGAGCUUGGAGAUGGUCGAGCACUUCUGCCGAAUAGCGACUACCUCAAGAGACAUAGAGUCUAAGGGUCAAAAGUAUCAAGAUGCCACCAAGAGAAAGGACAGUGCCAAGGACUCCAAGCUCAUGAGCGUCACCGAUACUUCCAAGUCCAAUGACCCCGCUAAGGGUGAGACCAACGAUGUUGCCCAGGGCAAAAAGACGAUCAAGAUAGGGGCUGACCUUCAUCCAAAAUAG